AAUCCAGAGGUGCAGAAGAUGUUCACGCGGGCAGUCAGCCGGCUGAGCAGAAAGAGACCACCGUCAGAAAUUCACACCAAUGAUGGGUUGAAUGUCCAAGAUCAAAACCUGAAAGGGACUCAGAAGUGGUCCUCGUCUCUGGACAGCCUGCUGGAAGAUCCAGAAGGUGUUGAAGCAUUUAAGGAUUUCCUGAAGAAGGAGUACAGUGAGGAGAACCUACUCUUCUGGUUGGCAUGUGAAGAUUUCAAGAGAACGGAAGAACAGGAUCAGCUGCAGAAAAAGGCCCAACACAUCUACAACACCUUCCUGUCGAGUAAAGCCUCCUCACAGGUCAAUGUGGAGGGUCAGUCCCGUAUCGGGGAGCAGAUCCUGAGACAGCCUCACCCUUUGAUGUUCGAGAGACUGCAGGAACAGAUAUUCAACCUCAUGAAAUAUGACAGCUACAGUCGUUUCCUGAAAUCGGAGAAAUUUCAGAAGUUGCAAUCUUCGGAGGAGAGUGAAAUUUCCAGCUCCAGACCAGGAGAGUCAGCACCGAAACGAGCAUCAAGAAUCUACAACACAUGA